AUGAGAGGACCUUGGCCAUUUGCCCACUGGGGAGUAGACCUGAUUGGCCCACUUUCUAUGGCAGCAGGCCAUGUCCAGCAUGCCAUUAUAGCUGUAGAUUACUUUACGAAGUGGGUCGAAGCUAAGGCGCUGGCCACAAUCACAUCAGAGGUUACAAUUGACUUCUUAUGGAAGUUAAUUAUUAGCCGAUUUGGAUUACCAUGUGUUAUAGUCACAGACCGGGGAAAGAAAUUUGACAAUGCUCAGUUUAAAGCAUACUGUAUUUCCAAGGGAAUACAUGUACAUUAUGCAUCUAAAGCUCACCCGAAAGCUAAUGGGCAAGUGGAAGUCACGAAUCGAACCAUCAAAAAGGGGAUUAAAAAGAGGCUGCGAGAGGCCAAAGGAGCUUGGCCAGACGAGCUUUAUAAUACCGCAAGCACGGAUCACCAAGAAAACCAGGAAGAUCUUAGGGCUGAGCUGGAUCUCUUGGAAGAAACAAGAGAAACAGCAAUGGCCAAAACAGCCGUGUACCAGCAAAGAAUGGUCAAGUACCAUGAAGCCCAGGUUAGACCAAGAGAUUUUCGAACUGGUGACCUAGUCCUAAGUAAAGUUGACCCGACUGGAAAGAAGGUGGGCAAGCUUGACCCAAAUUGGGAAGGACCCUAUCAGGUCUUGCAUCAUGUCAAGGCUGGUGCAUACAAGCUCGCAACCCUAAGGGGAAAAGAGCUACCAAAUUCAUGGAACGCAGAGCAUCUCAAGAAGUAUUACAAGUAG